AUGUCGCGUCCCGAAGAUGUCCUACCCCCGGAUCUCUUCUACGAUGACAGCGAAUCUCGAAAGUAUACCACUUCAUCUCGGAUUCGCAACAUCCAGGCAGACAUGACACACAGGGCUCUUGAGCUUCUUGACCUCAAAGCGGCCUCGUUAAUUCUUGACAUUGGCUGCGGCUCAGGCUUGUCUGGUGAGAUACUCUCUCAAGAGCCGCGCGAGCAAGGCGGUCCACACACAUGGAUUGGAAUGGAUAUAUCGCCUAGCAUGCUCGACAUAGCACUACAGCGAGGAGUAGAUGGUGAUUUAUUUCUCGCGGAUAUCGGCCAGGGCGUACCGUUUCGACCGGGAACGUUCGAUGCAGCAAUCAGCAUCAGUGCCAUCCAGUGGCUGUGCAAUGCGGAGACAAGCGAUGUUAGUCCAGAGGGUCGUCUUCGGAGAUUCUUCGAGGGCCUAUUUGCUAGUCUUCGACGUGGUGGGCGCGCCGUUUGUCAAUUUUACCCCAAAAACGAUGCCCAGCGCACGAUGAUCAGCGGCGCUGCUAUCAAGGCCGGUUUUGGCGCCGGUAUUUUGGAAGACGACCCCGGUACGAAGAACAGCAAGCUCUACCUUGUUCUGACUGUUGGUGGCGGGGGUCUACAGGGCGAUAUCACCGGUGUGGUAGAUGGGAUGAGUGAUGUGGAUGUCAUGGAUGCGAGAAGAAAGGCCUUGGAACACGGUAGGACGUCGAGCGCCAGGAAGGGCGAUAAGGCUUGGAUCUUGCGAAAGAAAGAACAGAUGACAAAGAAAGGCAAAGUCGUCAAAGCGAAUUCAAAGUACACCGGCCGCAAAAGGCGCCCAGCGUUCUGA